AUGACAUCCCUCGAAGAAUACACUUCGGAAGAAGUUGCAAAGCACAAGACUAAGAAUGACUUGUGGAUCGUCGUGCAUGGAAAAGUCUACAAUGUCACCGAAUACGUUCGUGACCACCCCGGCGGAGCCGAUGUUCUUUGCGAUGUCGCAGGAACAGACGCGACGGCGGCAUACGAAGAUGUUGGCCACUCUGAAGAUGCCGACGAGAUUAUGAAGACCUACUUGAUAGGUACGAUGAAGGGUGCUCGCGAGUUCACUCGCUCGAAGGCUGUUCGCGUGAUUCCGCAAGUGCCCCCACAAGCAACGACCACCGAGACGCCCAGCACAUCAAUCGGCAGUAUUUCAAUGGCUACUGGUUUGGCCGGUGGAGCAGCGGUGCUGGUCUACCUAUAUACACAAGGCCAUCUUCCCCUGAACAAACUCUUGUCGAAGCUGUCGAAGCUGCCGCAGCACCUGCCAGCUUGGGCACGCACGUCCUCAGUCCCAAACAAGAGUCUCGCACAUGGUGGAUUUUUGAAUGGACUGCUCACCAGCAGUGCAGUCUUUGCGGUCGUUGGGAGUAUAGUUGGCUCCAAACUCUCCAAGUUCACCCAAAUCCAAUCGGGCUUUACUCGAUACCCUCCUCAUAAAAAGAUCAGGAAAAUGCCGGUAGUCAACCCGCAUGAGCUCAAAGGAUUCCUCGAGCCCAAAGACUUCAAGGAGCUUCCACUCAUCGCCAAAACACAGCUUUCACCUAGCGUGUACCGUUUCACCUUUCAACUCCCAGGUCCACGGGAUGUCAUUGGUCUUCCAAUCGGACAACAUGUGGCCAUCAAAGCAACCGUCAAUGGGCAAUCUGUUUCCCGAUCCUAUACGCCGACCUCAAACAACUUGGACCUUGGUGUACUGGAGCUGGUGAUCAAGUGCUAUCCAGACGGUCUUCUCACUGGUCAAUACCUUGCAAACUUGAACGUGGGUGACAAGGUCCUCUUCCGAGGCCCGAAGGGAGCGAUGAAAUACCGACGAGGUCUUUGUCGACGAAUUGGUAUGAUUGCCGGUGGAACUGGUAUUACUCCGAUGUACCAGCUUAUUCGUGCUAUCUGUGAAGACGAGCGUGAUACUACCGAGAUAAGUUUGAUCUAUGCCAAUCGUUCGGAAGAAGAUAUUCUUCUCCGAGAGGAGCUGGAAGCAUUUGCUCGCAGGUACAAGAACUUGAAGAUCUGGUACAUGCUGGACGUGCCUCCAGAGAAUUGGACAUACGGAAAGGGCUAUGUCACGGCUCAGGUGAUGAGUGACAAAUUGCCAAAGCCAGCAGAAGAUACCAAGAUUAUGCUGUGUGGGCCACCGGGAAUGGUCAACGCUUCCAAAAAAGCUUUGGCGAGUCUGGGAUUUGAAGCCCCAAGCGCGGUUGCCAAGGUAGCGGAUCAAAUAUUUUGCUUCUGA